AAUAAUAGUAUAAGGGACAGAGUGAAUGAAAAAUAUAAUUUUUUUUCUCUCAAAAAUAAUUUUAUGUUUUUACUUGCAUGAAACUGAUUUUUCCUUCUGAAUCAGGUAUGAUGUACAAUCCUGAUCCUGAUCAGAGCCCAUGCAGUGCUCUGGAUCAUUCCGAGCCUUGGCUGAAACCUACUGAUGACAUGGGCACUGAAGGAUCCUACCAGCCAUAUGACUCAAGGCUGCCCAAUGGCUAUUUCUAUCCUGAAGACUAUCAACCCCUCACAGAAGAAAUGAUGAACAUGAAAAACAGGGAGCAUUUACAUUCCCCCUACUAUGAUGUGAGUGGUCUGCCUGACCCCUACGCCAUGAGUGAGGAGGACAAGACUCAACACAUCUCUAUGUCAUUCGACGAAAGCCACGAGAGUGGGUACUCCACACCUAAUUCUAGAUCUCGUAGAGUGAUUCGUGAAAUCAUCGUCUGAUUUGAAACUGCCGGGUCUGUUUUCGAAGACCACUUGGUAUAAACUGUGAUAUGCGAGGGAAGUGAAUCUUGUCUUCAAAGAAACAUGAAAUAGUAAAUAAAUAAGGUGCCAGGCUGUUGUUAAUCAGCCUGUUUAUAUCGCCAUUCCGUGUGUGUGUUGUACAUGGAACAAGCCUUGAAGAUACUUUUCUUGCCAUUCGAAUUUUGAAGAUGGAUAUAUGUAUAUUCAUCGCAAAAUGCCUCACACAAAGACAAUGAGAACAAAUCCAUGGGGGAAACAUAAGGACAUUUAGGGUAUUUAAUAGUAAAGGAAAAAUAUAGCAUUUAAUAAAUAAAAAGAACUGCUUUCCCAUCUCCAGGAUCGAACUUGGAGACGGACUAGAAGCAGACGCAGCAAGUUUGUGGAAGCACAAAGUCAUGUUGGUCUCUUAUUUGAACAGGAAAAUGAAGUUUAUAAUGCAUCCCAUCCCAGAUAUUACGAGUCUGGAGUAAAGUGUACAUAGUUCAUAAGCAAUGUAUAUAUAAAAAAAAUAUAGAUGAAAAUGUGGAUCUCAAGUUUUCUUUCAUAAACGGACUGAUAAUCCUUUGCCUUAUGAGAGAUAGCUGUCUGGUGUCAAAGUACAUUGAAGUCAGUGCAAAAAUGGCAUUUAUCAUGUGUUUGAGAAGUUUACAGUUACAGUUAAAAUGAAAACUAUUAUUAUAUUGUUCGUAUUUCUUCGUUAAAACCAAAAUAUAUCAAUAUUCAACAAUGCAAUAAUGAUGUACUUAUAUACUUAUUGAAUUUAAACAUUGUUAAGUAGAUGAGUUGUUUGGAAUACUCAUAUUGUUGAGAAAGUAAAAUUGGUACAGCCUAUCUAUUUAACUUAUAUGUAUAAACUGUGAUAAAGUCACAACAAAGACUCAAAUAUCAUUUUUCUUUGAGAUCUAUGUGUUUUCAAUUUCAUUUAAUCACAUUUUUUUUAGUUUUAAAGAAUAGCACUUAUUGUUUUUUUUUAAAUAAAUAUUAACUAACAAUGCUUGCUGUAAAAGCAUAUAU